AUGCAAAACGAUCAAGGUGUAGUCGUCGACCUCUACGUGCCCAGAAAAUGUGAUGCAACCAACAGACUUAUAACUGCGAAAGACCAUGCGUCAGUCCAAAUUAAUAUUGGUGAAGUCGACGAAGAGGGACAUUUAAAGCCUGGUAAGGCUGUUAUUUAUGCCCUUUGUGGGUAUGUUCGCUCCCAAGGAGAAUCUGACGAUUCUAUUAAUCGUUUGGCUACAAAAGACGGACUGCUGAAGAAUGUGUGGUCUGCCCAACGCUAG